AGACAUUUCACUGAGAUGCAUAUAGGUUUUGGAGAAACGAAGGAGCACAAAGGGCUUAUCGAGCAUGAAGACUUCGUGGACCAUGGAGAGAAGGAAGAUCAUCUCAAUGAGAAUUCAUUAGACGAGGAAGAAGAUUGAUGAUUUCCCACUUCUCUACAUGUUUUGCCAAAACCGUCAUGAACUGAGAUAAACCGAUUGUACCAUCCGUGGAAACAUACCACUUGUCAAACCGGCGUAACAAUAUAAACCGGUUUUGAUCUUGCAAAAGGGGAAAAGACGAAGCGCAAUGGCAGGAGCGGCAAACAAGUUCUUUGUUACCUCAAUGUUCAUAUGGAUGGCUCCGAUUGCUGUCCUUUUCGCCUUCAACCACGAUUUGCUUCCCGGGUUGAGCCAAUUAUCACCGCAUACUCUAACCUUGCUAAGCGGAUUGGUGGCCGUGGUGUCAGUCAAUAUAGUUAUGGGAUUCUAUAUCUAUAUCGCAGUGAAGGACAAGCACGAACCAACCUCUGCAGCUGAGGCCAAAGCUAGUUUGACCAAACUAAACAAAGGUAAAACAGCUUCAAGGGCGUCCAAGAAAGACUAGUAGAUAUUCAGCCCUCUAGCUAACACAAUGAAUGCAGUGGAUGUUGUUGAAUGCUCUGUUGGUAUUCUUUUCGAGCCGACUAUAAUCAGUUCUGAGCUCUGUUUUUCUAUAAUGUAUCUACGCAGUGCACCACGAUUGCACUCGAUUUGUUGUAACUUGUCUUUUUUUUUUUUUUUGAUUGAGUUGUAACUUGUCUU